AUGUACCCAACGGAAAAUAUAAAACAUGGACUAAAAAUAAAUCCGUUUAUAAAGGAAAAUAUGUUGAAAACUAUUCAGAAUCUGUGCUAUAAUAACACAAAUGUAAACAAUUUUAACAUGUCAUCACCUUUUUUGGUUGACAAUAUUUUGCAUCAACAAAAAUCGGUGAUACAUAAUCAAUACUUGAACCAAUUGGAGUUCCUACAACGUUCCAAUUUCGAAAGAUCCAGAGAGAAUUCACCAGAAAUAGAGGAGAGUAAAAUGGCUGAACCAGACGAUGACAGGAACGAGGAAACCGCAGACAAAGUAGACGACGACGAUUCUAAAAGCGACGAAGGUUUUGUCAAGCACGAGGUCUAUUACAACGAUUAUUAUCGUAAUGAAGAUCGCGAGAAAGAGGUUUUGAAUAUUCCAAAUUUGAAUCGCCGCUGUCACUGUGGUUCCUUCGACUGCCCGCCGUUUUCCUGUAAGAAAUCGGGCAUUAGGCGAUUAGAAGAGCUAGAAAAAAGGUUCAAUUUAAAUAAUUAUCAAGAUAACUCCGACGAGGACGUUAGAGAAAAGACUGAGGACAUGGUAAAAAGUUGUGAUGAUUAUAACGAACAGAAAAAACCGCUUUUGAAGUUUAGUGUCAGUGCCAUACUUGGGGAAGACCAGGUGAAAACUAAUGUCAAUGGUAAGUUCUUUCUUCUUUUUCUUGCUGGAAACGGAGCUGAACUGUCAUAUGUUCCACCUAGAAUUAAUGAUAUUUACAUAUCAACAAUUAUACCGACGAUUUAA